CAACCCACUUUCAGUGACGUGGGCCGGUCAGUUAGACAAUGUUGUUGUGCUAAAAACUCAAUCAUUUUGGCAAAAAACUACUUUUUUUCUCACAUUAAUUGCAAAAGAAUAGUGGUUUUUAAAUAUACACUUCAAAGGAAGUGCCCGACAGUAAAUUUGCAUUUUUUAGAGGCCCAAAAUCACUGGGUUUACGGGUUUUGCUGCCACUGUAGCUGUCAGAGUCAUCUGAGCCACGUUGGAACCUCCAGAUUUUUGUAAAUAAUUUCCCAGCUGAAUUAAAUGUGCCCUUAAAACACGCAUUUUCACUUUUUGCAGGUAUUAUCCGACUCAAAGGAGCACUAUGAAGGUGAAGGAUAUAGAGCGAACUGCCAAUGUGGCCUGGUCUCCUAAGAACCAGAGCCCCAUCUACUUAGCAGCUGGCACGGCGGCUUCGCAGCUAGAUGCUUCAUUUAACACUAAUGCGGCUUUGGAGAUUUAUGCGCUCAAUAUAACUGAGCCUGGACCUGACACACGAUUGGUUUCAACUUUGGCGAGCGAACACAGAUUCCAUAAACUCAUUUGGGGUUCCUCAGGCGCUGAUCCAAUUGGAACGAUAAUCGCGGGUUGUGACGAUGGAUUGUUGCAGAUUUACAGUGCGUCCAAACUUUUGAAAACUGAAAGCGCCCUAAUCAGCAAGCAACAGACGCAUUCGGGACCAGUGCAUGCACUAGACUUUAACAGUUUCCAACAAAAUCUGUUUGCUUCUGGUGCUGGAGAUUCCGAGAUCUUCAUUUGGGACUUGAAUAACACCAGUACCCCGAUGUCUCCAGGUACAAAGUCGCAGCCGCUAGAAGACGUUUUAUCAGUGGCGUGGAACAAGCAAGUGCAGCACAUUUUGGCCUCAUCCUUUGCGUCGAAAUGCGUGAUUUGGGAUUUGCGGAAAAAUGAGCCGAUUAUUAAGCUAACGGACACUGUCUCAAGGAUCAGAUGGAAGACUGUCGCUUGGCACCCUGAAGUAGCCACCCAACUGUGCUUGGCAUCAGAAGAAGAUCACUCGCCAGUGAUUCAAGUGUGGGACCUCAGGUUUGCCACCUCUCCGCUUAAAACCCUGGAAAAUCACCAACGCGGAGUUUUAGCGAUUUCCUGGUGUGAGCACGAUUCGGACCUGUUGGUUAGUUGCGGAAAAGAUGACCGAAUUCUAUGCUGGAACCCCAAUUCCAAUCAGCCGAACGGCGAAGUUUUGUCGGAAAUAGCAAAAACCAACCAAUGGAGUUUCGAUGUUGUGUGGUCCCCAAGGAAUCCUGCUUUAAUCGCUUGUCCCAACUAUGAUGGGCAUGUAUCAGUGUAUUCUCUCAUGGGAGGAAAGACUCAACAGAUCCAGACUACCAACAAGAUAGCGGACAGUUUCCCCGGAAUGGACGGCUUUGUGAAAGCUCCUACUCAACAGCAGUCUCAUGUUACGGUCAGUGUGGACCCUAGCAAGCCUCCGAAGUGGCUGCGAAGACCCGUUGGGGCUAGUUUUGGGUUUGGAGGAAAGUUAAUCAGUUUUGCACAUAACAAAGAGGCGGUGGCUCAAGCUCAACAAAACAUCCAGCCAGGCCAGGCGCCCCCAUAUAUUAGCAGAAGUGUUGAAGUCAGUCAAGUUAUCACCGAAGAUGAGUUUGUUCAGAAGUCCGCUGAACUUGAGGCUGCCCUGGAAAACGGCAACUUCAUAGAAUAUUGCAUAAACAAAUCCAGUGAAACGAAUGAUCAGCACAAAAAGUACAUCUGGCACUUUCUCAAGGCGAACUUUGAGCAAAAUCCCCGAGCUGAGUUGUUGAAUUUGCUGGGAUAUAGAAUUGAGGAUGUGAAUAUCAAGCUGGACCGUCACAUCGGGCAGCGCGUUUUACAAAAUAGCGUUGAUGGGCUGACUAACGAAUUUGCCGGAAAUAGAAUCGAAGACUAUGAAAACCAGGAUCCGUUUGAUAAUAUUUCCAAUCAAAACAACACCGGCAAGCCAGCAAGUCCGUUUAAAAUCAAGACCAAUGACGACCCUGAAGGUUUGAUCACUCAGGCUUUGUUGCUGAACAAUGUGGAAGCUGCCGUCGAGCUUUGUUUAAAAGCUGAAAAGUAUGCUGAUGCUCUGAUUGUAGCAACGACAGGCGGCCCAGACCUUCUAGCGAGAACUCAACACCAAUAUUUGGAAAAAUCCCAGGGUUACGUGUCCAAUUUGAUAUCCGCUAUGAUUUCCGAAGAUUGGGGUGCAAUAAUCAAUAACUGUGAUAUCGCCAGUUGGAAAGAGGCCUUGGCUGCCGCAUUGACUCAUGCCUCUGAGGAGGAUUUGCCUAUUUUGUGCGAACAACUUGGCAGUAGAUUGGAAGCCGAGAGCAAGACCAAUGCGAAAUUCGCUCAAGACGCUCAAUUGUGCUACAUAUGCUCUGGUAGUUUCGAGCGAUUGGUAGCUAGCUGGAGUGGAGACGCUGUCACUUCCACCAAAGAUCUUCAAGAGCUAGUGGAACUGGUGUCUUUCCUGCAAAAAUCCAUUGAACAGCAAGGAAAACGAGUACAGAUUUCAGGAGCUCUCGCCGAUCUUCUCUCUCAAUAUGCCUCGCUGCUGGCGGCUCAAGGCAACCUUGAAACGGCCCUCUCUUACCUGGGAUCGUCUCAGAAUGAGAAGGUCUCCAGCUUGAGGGAUCGCCUGUUGACCGCUUUGGGUCAGAAGCCUUUGAAUAUUCAGGAAAUGCGCCAGCAGCAAGCGAACAGGCGUAGUAGCACGCGAUCGUCGCAGUCCGGUUAUCCUGCGGGUGCUUUCAACGCUGCAAAUGCUUUCCAUCCUAACCAGAUGGGAGCUCAACCUGCGCCUGCUAUUGUUCAGGCUCCUCCGUUUGGCAACUUCAACAUAGGUCUGCCCAACGCUUCCGGGCUUAGCCAAGGCUGGCAAACGCAGGCGGUGGGACUUUCGGCUCCUGCAGCUGCGCCACCCGCUCAACCCUGGCAGCAACCGCCCCAAGUGGCGCCGCCCGCUCAGCCUUGGCAGCAACCGCCCCAAGCUCCGCCACCAAAGCCGUUUUCGCCUGCACCUGCCCAGCCUUUGCGGCCUGAUAGUGUCGGUUCUAACAAAGGUGGACUUUCUCGGAAAUAUCCACGGGAUCCGUCGGUUACUAAUAGUCAGUACCCGUCGCUCAAUCCGUAUACGCCAGUACCCAACCAAUCAGGCUUUGAUAGUGCUAAUGCCUAUAAUGCAAGUGCAACUGCUGGCCCGUACGGGCAGAUGUUUCAGCCCUCUGGCCCUGCAGCAAUUCCGCAAAUGCCUAUGCUGAAUCCCACGCCAUUGGUUCAGGCAGCGCAGCCUGCUGUCGAGGCGGCUCAGCCGGUUAGAAACUACCAAGCGGAGGCGCCCCCGGGCUGGAAUGAUCCUCCCGCCUUCAACAGGCCAACGAGAACUCAGCCUGAGUUAGUGGCUGCCGAACCGAUAACGCAUCCGAUUUAUGGAUCAGCUCCGGCUCAACCCGCUUCGAAUGGAUAUGGAUAUGGUGGGGACCAGCCUGGACAGUUCCAGCCGCCCCCAAUGCAACCGUACGGCUCCCAGCCGCCGACUAGUUUCAACCCGCCUGCAGCCCCGCCAUCGGGAGCCUUUCAGCCCGCCAAUGCCGCCCCAUAUGGGGCUCCAAACUUUAAUUACGCGCCGCCCGCCGGCUCUUUUAACCCCAGCAACUUUAAUCAAAACGCUAUAGGGGGAACUGCUUCACCAAAGCCGCCAGCAGCUGCACCCACGCCAGUUGUUGCACAACAAGUUCAAAAGGCCCCUUUACCGCCAGAACAUGAAGUACUGCAGCGGGUUUUUAAUGAAUUAAAGGAGAGGUGCAACAGUACCGCCAGCAAUCCGCAAACGAAGCGGAAACUGGAGGAUGUAGGCAGGAGACUUGAAACAUUGUACGACAGUCUUCGAGGCAAUAAGUUGUCUCCGAAUGCUUUGGCUGCUCUACAUCAAAUAGUUCAGUUCGUCCAGACUGGGGAAUAUAGGGGCUGCUUGCAGCUCCACACGCAAUUAGUGCAAGGCCCCGAUUUUGCCCAAAUCGCAAAUUUUAUGCCGGGAAUCAAAGUAUUGAUACAAUUGGCCUUACAGUUGCACGUUUAUUUAAGUUAGGCCCUGCAGUAACCUGAUGAGUUUGUAGAUCUAAUCUAAAUAAUGCAAUUGCGGCAAUUUGAGUCCGAUUCUGGUUGGCAACUUGUGGGGUUCGCGAGCAAAGCGAAUUGUUGCGGUUGUAGAUAUUAACAAACUAAUAUAAAAAGGAAUUUAUACUAUACACUUAGUGGAUUGUGUGCGCGGAAGAAACCAGAGUAGUUUUGGUAAAUCCAGGUUUAUAUUAAACCAGUAAAAGUUUGUGUACACAUUUGAAAACUUCAAUCGGUUAGGCGUAUAUACAUCAUAAUAUUAAGUGCUUUAAUAAGGUGUUAAAAAUACAUAAUUUUGUACUU